UGUGUCGGAGAGGCGGAAGGGGCUGAGGAAUUCUGUUAUUAUCGGUAACAGAUAUCCGAGUCCACCUGUGUUUUAGUGCGGACUGGACGACACGAUAUUGAGGCGGAGAGCCCCUGCUAAAGCGCCGACAUGUUGAAUAUGUGGAAAGUCAGGGAGUUGGUGGAUAAAGCCACCAAUGUUGUGAUGAACUACUCAGAGAUAGAGUCCAAGGUUCGAGAAGCCACCAAUGAUGACCCCUGGGGCCCAUCGGGCCAGCUCAUGGGAGAGAUUGCCAAAUCCACAUUUAUGUACGAGCAGUUCCCUGAAGUUAUGAACAUGCUUUGGACUAGAAUGCUGAAAGACAACAAGAAGAACUGGAGGAGAGUUUACAAGGCCUUAUUACUAUUAGCGUACCUCAUCAGAAAUGGGUCAGAGCGGGUGGUCACCAGCACCAGAGAACAUAUCUACGACCUGCGCUCUUUGGAAAAUUAUCAUUUUGUAGAUGAAAAUGGGAAGGACCAGGGCAUUAACGUACGGCAGAAGGUAAAAGAAAUGGUAGAGUUUGUUCAGGAUGAUGACCGGUUACGUGAAGAGAGGAAGAAAGCCAAGAAGAAUAAAGACAAAUACAUUGGAGUAUCUUCUGACAGCAUGGGAGGCUUCAAAGAAAGUAACUCGGGAGAACGGUUUGACCCCGAAUCUAAAAGCAAAUGGGACGAGGACUGGGAGAAAAACAAGAGCAGCUUCCCGUUCAGUGAAAAACUCGGGGAGAUAAGUGACAAAAUUGGAAACACCAUUGAUGACACCAUCAGCAAAUUCCGCAAAAAGGAGAGGGAUGACUCACCAGACCAUAUCAGUGACAAUGAGGAGGACAGGGUUUCACAGAAUGGUCGUCCUGCAAAGUCAGAGUUUAAGGAUGAUGAGGAGACUGUAACAACCAAGAGCAUCCAGAUCACACAGACCACAGAUACAAUCACCUCCACCACCACUACCACCACCUCUACACGCAAACGCGGCGGAGUCCCGUCCAAAACCGUUGACCUGGGCGCAGCUGCUCAUUACACUGGUGACAAAAGCAGUCCAGGUGCUGACCACAACCAGACAUCAGUGAGUCAGUUAUCCAGCACAGGGCUUGCAGAUCUGUUGAUGGUGGAAGCUGGCUCUGGUCAACCAGUGUCUUCAGGCGGAAGCUCAGAUCUCAUUGGUGACUUUGCUGACUUUUCCUCACCUGCUGCCUCUGCCAGUCUCCCGUCAGCUGCUGGUAUGUGUGACCCAACUGUACACAACACACACAUGCACAAGGGCCAAAACUAUGAUUUUACCUCAUCUGACAAUAUCUUGCAAUCUGUAAAUGUCUCAUUGUGCAGUUUUUUAUGGAAAAGCAUUACCAUAAGUACAUGUUUUGGAGAAACAAAAGGUUGGGGGGAAAAAAACUCUGAUGGAAAAUUUUCCAUUUCAACUAAAAGCUAUACAAUAGGAGGUCCGUUAUUUCCCCAGCAGAUGGGACUGCAGAAGUCAGGCGGGACGGUAUCAAUGCCUGCCACCUGGUCAGACCCAAGCGUGAACAUCAGCCUGGAUUUCCUGUCGGCAGGCCUGAACCCUCCCAAACCCACACAGCCCACACUCAACACCAUGAUGCAGCAAGGUCAGAUUGUCUUGCCUUGA